AUGAACGUCGUAGAGCUGACCCACCAUUCUCCAACCUGGUACAUGAAGCUUUACAUCAAGGAUCCGACAGACCGAACCGAUUUUUGCUGUUGUUUUAUUUCCAAGGUGAGGCAUGGCAGUACUGACUUAUCUGAUGCUGGUGGUAUGUGUAGGCCAAAUCAGAGGUGCGAUGAUGGACGUUCGACCUUACAAGACCUAUUUGCUUAACCUUCACAACGACUACAGGAGAAAGGUUCAGCCUCCCGCGGCAAACAUGCAAAUCAUGGUUUGGAACGAAACUCUCUCAAAUGAAGCUGCGUCAUGGAUUCAGAGAUGCAAUUUUGAAUAUCAGAAUCGAGGCAGGGGAGAAAAUCUGGCUUUUAACACUAUCAAAAUCACUACAAAAGAGUACUUCGCCGAUGCGCUGAAGGCUUGGUACGAUGAAAAGAAUGUGUACCGUCUUGGUACCCAAACCUGUGGCAGUGCCUGCCACUACACACAGAUGGUGUGGUAUAAAACUACACAGGUUGGUUGCGCCAUGGUCACCUGUCCUAGUCUCAAUGCCUUCGGAAGGGGAAUCCCAAAUGCAUGGUACCUCGGCUGCUUUUAUGAUCCAAAAGGAAACUGGAUUGGAGAGAGGCCGUACGAACCGGGCACGCCAUGUAGCCAGUGUCUAGACGGGCAAUCCUGCGACAACAAUCUUUGUACAGGCAGCAGCAAGGUGUGUCGUGAUACUAAAGCGAACUGUGCCUCAUGGGCCCAAAGUGGUGAAUGCAAGAACAACAAGGAGUGGAUGAUAACUAACUGUCCAAAAUCAUGCAACACUUGCUCUGGUAAAUGAUCGUGUGGUGCUGUCUGUGUCUCUAUAAUAAAUGUUACCGGACUCUGUU